AUGACGUCACCUCUGCCGCCACUCGAGCCUACAAUCGCUCAACUGCGUUCCUUAAGUAACGACACUUUACUUUACGAGUUAAAUAGAUUAGAAAAUUCAAACAAACAUCUGCUUCGUUCUAACCAAGAUAUGAAAGAGCACGAUGCUCACGAUCAAGAGUUACAAAUGUAUGUCACCGAGAAUGAGAAGAUCAUAGGAAGGCAGAUCGAGAAGAUUUCUCUUAUCAAGAAUAUAUUAAAAGAACGACCAAACGGAGAACACGCGUCGGGAAUAUCUGUGAAUGCCUCCGGACCUAAUAUCAAUAAUGAAGGGCAGUCUGACGAACAGAUGGAAGAUCACGCAGUGUCGGCAAAUGGCAACGCAAGACUUGAAAAUGAAGCGGACGAAAAUAAUGAUGAUGAUGGAGUGUAUUUAUAA